UCUACAGGAAAAUGCCUGAAAACAACACAGGCCAGGAUGAAGACACUGCUUUUGUAAGCAAAAUGCCAGCGUACUAGCUAUGAAACCUGCGUGGUGGAACACCAGGAUGCUUCCCCUGCAGGGCGUGUGGUGAGCGGGAGGUUUGGCUCUGGAGUGCCGGCAACCUGAGGACUCGCCGAGAACUCGGAGCCCAGCCCUGACUGCAGAGAGCCCAGCGCACGAUGAACAGACUGAGCUUCCAUAACAACAGAGUCAUGCAGGACCGCCGCAGUGUGUGCAUCUUCCUCCCCGACGACAAGUCUCUGAACAUCAUCAUCAACGUUAAAAUUCUUUGUCACCAGUUGCUGGUCCAGGUUUGUGACCUGCUUAGGCUAAAGGACUGUCACCUCUUUGGACUCAGCGUUAUACAAAAUAAUGAACAUGUGUAUAUGGAGUUGUCGCAAAAGCUUUAUAAGUAUUGUCCAAAAGAGUGGAAGAAAGAGGCCAGCAAGGGGAUUGAUCAGUUCGGGCCUCCCAUGAUCAUCCACUUCCGCGUGCAGUACUACGUGGAGAACGGCAGGCUGAUCAGUGACAGAGCGGCAAGAUACUAUUAUUACUGGCACCUGAGGAAACAAGUGCUCCAUUCGCAGUGUGUGCUCCGGGAGGAGGCCUACUUCCUGCUGGCAGCCUUCGCCCUGCAGGCUGAUCUUGGGAACUUCAAAAGAGACAAGCACCGUGGAAAGUACUUUGAGCCCGAGGCUUACUUCCCAGCUUGGGUGGUGUCCAGGAGGGGGAAGGACUACAUCCUGAAGCACAUCCCCAACAUGCACAAGGACCAGUUUGCACUGACGGCCUCCGAGGCGCAUCUCAAGUACAUCAAGGAGGCCGUGCGCCUGGAUGACGUCGCUGUGCACCACUACAGACUGUAUAAGGAUAAAAGGGAAAUUGAAGCUUCACUCACUCUUGGGUUGACCAUGAGAGGAAUACAGAUUUUUCAGAAUUUAGAUGAAGAGAAACAAUUACUUUAUGAUUUCCCCUGGACAAAUGUUGGAAAGUUGGUGUUUGUGGGUAAGAAAUUUGAGAUUUUGCCGGAUGGCUUGCCCUCUGCCAGGAAGCUCAUAUACUACACAGGGUGCCCCACGCGCUCCAGACACCUCCUGCAGCUCCUGAGCAACAGCCACCGCCUCUACAUGAACCUGCAGCCCGUCCUGCGCCACAUCCGGAAGCUGGAGGAGAGCGAAGAGAAGAAGCAGUACCGGGAAUCUUACAUCAGCGACAACCUCGACCUGGACAUGGACCCGCUGGAGAAGCGGGCACGGGCCAGCGGCAGCAGUGCAGGCAGCGCGCAGCACAGGCGCCUGUCUCACCACUCCACUGCCAGCCACAGCAGCUCCCACACCUCGGGCAUCGAGGCCGACCCCAAGCCCCGUGACGCAGGGCCGGAGGACGGCUACUCCGGCAGCGCCGUGCACCGCAAGCUGAGGACCUGCAGCUCCAUGACCAGCCAUGGCAGCUCCCACACCUCGGGGGUGGAAAGUGGCGGCAAGGACCGGCUGGAGGAGGACUCCCAGGACGAUGAAAUAGAGAUGCUAGUGGAUGACCCCCGGGACCUGGAGCAGAUGAACGAGGAGCCCCUGGGGGUCAGCCCUGACCUGUGCGUCUGCAUCACAGAGGACAUGCUCCUGUCACGGACGCUGAACGGACACUCCGGGUUGAUUGUAAAAGAAGUUGGUUCUUCCACCUCCAGCUCGUCAGAAACCGUUGUCAGACUGCGCGGGCAGAGCACUGACUCUCUCCCACAGACUAUCUGUCGAAAACCAAAGACCUCCACGGACCGACACAGCUUGAGCCUGGACGACAUCAGACUUUACCAGAAAGACUUCCUGCGCAUUGCGGGUCUGUGUCAGGACACUGCUCAGAGCUACACCUUCGGCUGCGGCCAUGAACUGGAUGAGGAAGGCCUCUAUUGCAACAGCUGCUUGGCUCAGCAGUGCGUCAACAUGCAAGUUGCCUUUCCAGUCAAAAGAACCAGCAAGUACUUUUCUCUGGAUCUCACUCACGAUGAAGUUCCAGAGUUCGUCGUAUGAAACUGUCUGUGUGCAGCCGUGCGGGAGCCCGCUGCUUGCUUCAGGGUGUGGAAGCUGUGGGCUCCAUACCUGUUAUUUGUGCCAUAUUGUCUUCACCCCAGACAUAGCUCUUUCUUUAUAAUACUUGUGGAAACAAAAGCCUUGAGACAAGUGCACUUUACGUAUUACACAGAAGACAAUUACAGAAAAUGCACAGCAAAACAAGUGCCCGGAAUUUCAUUCAUGUUUUAGAAAGAGAUGUGCUUUACUGAUCACCAAGCCUGCAGAAAAUUAGACUGGUUGGUUUGCUCAUUUGUUUUUUUUAGGUCAGUUAAACAUAAUAUCAUACUUUUAUCACCUGAAAGAUGCUGUUAGGUUUAUUUGUUUGCUUGUAAAUUUUUCACGCCUCCUUCAUAAAAAGUUCAUGGUUUGAGGGAGGGAAGAGAUUCUCUCUACUGUUAAUGGAGAGGCCAUUGCCACCGGGAGGUUGUCCCGGAGUGAACACUGAUGACGUGGGCAAAGUCCGUGGUUCUAGCGCGCCAAAGCUGUGUGUGUGAUGGGGCAGCUGCUUGGAGGUCCCUGAUGACGGGAAGACCAGCAGCCGGAAGCCUGCGGCUGCAACGCCUGUGACUCCACCACACCUCGUCAGUGCUGCGUGCUCCUCCUCCACCUUCCAGAAAGUUCCACGGCUUGGCUGAGUUUCUCAUCCACGGACAGAUCAGUUGUGUUCGUGUCAUAAUGCAUUCUGUGGCGUUUACAAAAGCUGUUUCUGUCAAAACUAUGGAAAUAUCUUAGACAAUGUUUGUGCUUGGUGGUGUUUUGUUUGUUCAGGUUUUUUUAAUAAUCAAGAACAAAUUAUAGUAAUGUUAGUUUCUGCUUAACCAAAAUAUCCUAACUAUAUGCAGAUGUUCUACAUAUAUAAAUCCAUGGGCCGUGUGUGUUUAUAUGUGUGUAAAGCUUACUAAGUCUUCAUUACGGCUUCCAUGACCGUCUUAUAGACAUGGAACUUCUCGUUCAAUACUGAGGGUGUGUUACCAAAUGAUCUCUGCAGACAAUCAAUUGCUGUAUGUAAAGAAUGACUGUUUCCUUGUGUGCCUUUGGCCAUGAUUCUCAACCCUGAUUGUGUAGCAGAAUUUGGGGAGCUUUAAAAAAAAAUAAUGUCAGAGUCCUCCUACCAGACCAAUUAAAAUAAGUCUCUGUGGUGGGAGCCAAGGAGAGCGGCCUUUGCCUGAAGUUCUCCAGGUGGAGCCGAUAUGCAACAGGGUUGAAAAUGACCAAUCUGGAGGGUGUGUUUUUGUUGAUUUUGAAGUAAAAAGCAUGCAGUAGAUGUGGUGAGAAAGGGCCACUUUUAAGACAGUUACCUGCUAUGCUGCUGUUGAGACGUGUGUGAAAGCAAGUGAGCUUGUCAGCCUUUCAAUGUAAAAACAUUGCUCGCACUUGAGGAGAGAACUUCACAGCACAAUGUCUUUCUAUGAGAUGUUUUUAAUGAUUUAGUAUUUUACAACAUUUGUUUACCAUAUUUUGAUAUACCAUUUUUUCUAUCUGCCAGGUUUUAUUAAAAAUAUAUAUUAUUUUCUAAAGAAACAGUCAUAUUUUUGUACAAAAUUAUUAUGUUUUCAGGUAACCAAGAAAUAGAGUUAGGGUAGAGCAGAACUCAAGCAGUGUUAGCUGAGGAUGGGAGUCAGCAUUCCAGGACCAGGGUGAGUGUGCGCCCCCUGCCCUCCUGCGCUGGGCCGCAGGCCUGUGUGCAACACGCCUUGUCCAGCUACUUUCUCCUCAUACUUUACAAAGGAAAAAAA